AUGACUAAUGACAAUGUUCAUUUACAAAUUCCGGUGACGAAUCAACCUGAUAAUACUGAUCCACCUCCAGGGUCAUGUUGUUGUUCUUGCUGUUUAAAAGUGUUUUAUUAUAUCGUCAAAUCAGGUCCACCACAAACUGCGAAAAAUUCUUCGUCUGAAUCUUGCUCCGAUAGCCCAUCAUUCCAUGCGAAGAUGAACAAAGUUUUGGAAGACGGUAAUGAAAUUUUAAAGGGAGAAAUUUCGUCGUCUGAAUCUAGCACCGAUAGCUCCUCAUUCCUUGCAACGCUGAACAAAGGUGUGGUAGAACGCAAUGUAGUAUUAAAUGAGAAAUGGUUCCCGUCUGAAUUACGCCGCGUUGGCUCUUUCUCCACUGCAAUGUUGAACAAAGUUAGGGAAGUCGGCAAUGAAAUUUUAAAGGGAGAAAUUUCGUCGUCUGAAUCUAGCACCGAUAGCUCCUCAUUCAUUCCAAGGCUGAACAACGGUAUGGUAGAACGCAAAGUAGUUUUAAAGGGGAAAUGGUUCCCGUCUGAAUUACGCCGCGUUGGCUCUUUCUCCACUGCAAAGCUGAACAAAGAAGUGGAAGACGGCAAUGUAGUUUUUAAGUCGAAAAAGUUGCAGGCUGAAUCUCCAAACGUUGGCUCCUUCUUCCCUGCAGAGCUGAACAAAGAUAGGGAAGAUGGCAAUGCAAUUUUAAAGAGAGAAAUUUUUUUGCCUAAAUUUCAACCCGUCGGAUCUUUCUUCAAUGCAAAGCUGAAUAAAGAUCAGGAAGAUGGCAAUGUAGUUUUUAAGUCGAAAAAGUUGCAGGCUGAUACGUUUAUCAAAGAAGUGGAAGAUGGCAAAGUAGUUUUAAAGGGCUGUGGAGGAACAUUUUAUUAA